AUGCAACUCGACGAUCCAUGGAGCGAGCUGAAAGCCCCAAAGAUCGAGCUCAAAUCCCUCCCUAUGGGGCUCAGGUACGCGUUCUUGGGACCAAAUUCCACCUAUCCUGUUAUUGUGAACUCUGAGCUGAAUAAUGUGGAAACUGCUAAACUUUUGUGUGAGCUAAGAAAGUAUCAAAAGGCGUUAGGGUUAAAUCUGAAUCUAAAAGAUAUUGUUAAGAAAGAGAUAAUGAAACUUCUGGAGACUGGUGUGAUCUAUGCCAUCUCUGAUAGUAACUGGGGUGUUGCAAUGAUGCGAGGGGAAAGAUCUGGUGCUCAACUGGGAGAAGUGCCACUUCAUGGUCUUGUUCUCGGACACAAGUUCUCUGAGAAAGGAAUCGAGGUUAACAAGGCAAAGAUAGAGGUGAUGAUGAGCUUGCAACCACCAACCACACUCAAGGGAAUCCGAAGCUUUUUGGGGCAUGCCGGUUUCUAUAGAUGGUUCAUCAACGAUUUCUCAAAAAUCGCCAGACCACUCACUAGGCUGCUCUGCAAGGACACCAAGUUCGAAUUCGAUAGCGAUUGCUUGGGUGCUUUCCACACCAUAAAAGGAGCUUUGAUCAGUGCCCCAAUCGUUCAACCUCCAGACUGGGACCUACCUUUUGAGAUCAUGACUGAUGCGAGUGACUUUGCAGUGGGAGCAGUGUUGGGACAACGGAAGGAUAAGAAACUGCACGUGAUCUACUAUGCGAGCAGGACAAUGGAUGAAGCUCAAUGCCGAUAUGAAUUUGAUCUUGAGAUCAAGGAUAAGAAGGGAAUUGAGAAUGGAAUCGCGGAUCAUCUGUCUAGAAUGAAUAUCGACGAAGAGACUGCUCUCGAUGACUGUCUGUAUGUUGAGAACAGUCAAGACACUCCUAUCGCAAACUGUUAUGCCAACCAGGAACACUUCGUUGCUGCGAUUAAAAGGAGAUAUUCCUAUCUACCUUGGUUUGCUGAAAUAGCUAUUUUUUUAGCUACAGAGAAGGAACCAGCUGAGUUUACUGAAGCUGAGAUUAAAGGAAUCCUACAUCACUGCCAUGGUUCCUCUUAUGCCGGACACUUUGCAGCAUUCAAGACCGUCUCCAAGGUCUUACAAGCCGGUUUCUGGUGGCCCACAAUGUUCUGUGAUGCUCAAGCUUUCAUCUCCAAUUGCAAUUCGUGCCAAACACAAGGGAACUUCAUCAAGAGGAACGAGAUGCCUCAAAACUUCAUACUCGAGAUCGAGGUGUUCGACUGUUGGGGGAUAGACUCCAUGGGACCAUUCCCACAUUCAUAUAAGAACGAGAACAUUCUAGUGGCAGUGGAUUAUGUUUCAAAGGGGGUGGAGGCAAUCGCCAGCCCCACUAAUGAUUCGCGGGUUGUGACUAAGAUGUUCAAAUCUAUCAUCUUUCAAAGGUUUGGAGUACAUAGGGUGGUCAUAAGCGAUGGAGGCACCCAUUUCAUCAACAAGGUCUUCCAAGGCCUCUUGAAGAAGAAGGGUGUCAAUCAUAAAGUCACAACUGCAUAUCACCGACAAACAAGUGGCCAAGUGGAAGUGUCUAAUAGAGAGAUCAAAAGCAUUCUGCAGAAAACAGUCGGCACUACACGCAAGGACUGGUCUCUCAAACUAGAUGAUGCAUUGUGGGCUUACAGAGCAGCCUACAAGACACCACUUGAAACCACUCUUUAUCACCUGGUCUACGGCAAAGCAUGUCACUUACCUAUGGAACUAGAGUACAAGGCGGCAUGGGCUGUCAAACUGCUCAACUUCGAUAUCAAAUCAGCCAAGGAGAGGCGCUCAAUCCAGAUCCACGAGCUAGGAGACAUCAGGCAUCUCGCUUAUGAGAGCACAAAGAUCUACAAGGAAAAGACCAAGGCAUAUCACGACAAGCGGAUCAUCAGCCGAAGCUUUGAACCGAAUGAUCAGGUCUUGCUUUUCAACUCCAGAUUGAAGCUGUUCCUUGGAAAGUUGAAGUCCAGAUGGUCAGGACCGUUUACCAUUAAAGAGGUCCGCCCCUAUGGGGCAAUUGUGUUGCUGGACACGAAUGAAGGGGAGUUUGUUGUUAAUGGUCCGCAUCUUAAGCCAUACCUUGCUGAAACAACAAUCGCAGAAGGUGAAGAAAUUCCCUUAGGCGACCCCUCCACAGCCUAA